UUCUUCGACGACAAGAUUCGAAGUCAGCAAGUUAUACAGAUUGUGUCCGAAUGUAAGUUAAACUGUGAGAACUACAACGAGGGAAAGUAUCCCUUCUUUUAUUUUUAUCACGAAAACAAGUUUGAAUGGAUCCAAGAAUAGCUUGGCCUUCACCGGAACAACUAGGAGUAGCAAAUGACAUUUGGACACGGAUUAUAGAAGCAAAGAUAGGCGUGGAUAACAUGUCGUUGAAUAAUUCAAACCAAAAUUUGAACUACAGACAACAGGAUUUCAUUUCGCUUAGUGUGAACAACAAUUUAACUCAAAAACAAGCGCCUAGCAAUUUUCAGAUUCAACAAAACAAACGGAAACGCGAAAACAAGGCCAGUACAUACGGCCUAAAUCAUUCGUCCUACAAACAUUUUUUGGCCGAAAAUGGUGGAUUAACUCCCUGGAUCCCAAACGGAAAAGUGUAUCAUCCUAGUGUUAUAGGGUUGCAUGAAGAAAUAAAAGACUUCUAUGAAUACAUGUCACCAAAAGCAGAAGAAGCCAACAUGAGAAAUGAGGUUGUUCGAAGGAUAAAAGAUGUUGUAGAAGACCUUUGGCCAGAGGCAAAGGUGGAAAUAUUUGGAAGUUUCAAAACUGGGUUGUACUUGCCUACAAGUGACAUAGAUCUGGUUGUGUAUGGAAAGUGGGACAGUUUACCUCUGUUUACGUUAGAAAAGGCACUGCGAGAAAGAGGAUACGCUGAUCCAGCCUCUGUGAAAGUUCUUGACAAAGCAUCUGUCCCAAUUAUAAAAAUGGUAGAUCUGCAGACAGAAGUUAAAGUGGACAUUAGUUUUAAUACACAAAACUCUGUGGAAAGUGCUAACCUCAUAACAAAAUACAUGGAAGAGUUUCCCAACCUGAAGUACUUGGUUUUGGUGCUAAAACAGUUCCUCCUGCAGAGAGAUCUGAAUGAAGUGUUCACUGGAGGAAUCAGUUCUUACAGCCUCAUCUACAUGACUGUCAGCUUCUUCCAGCUUCAUCCAAGAUUUGAUGCACUGGAUCCCAAUGCAAAUCUCGGAGUACUACUUGUCGAAUUUUUUGAACUCUAUGGAAGAAAUUUCAAUUAUCUGAAGACAGGAAUAAGGAUAAAAGAUGGUGGCGCAUACUUAGCGAAAGAUGAUAUUCAGAGAUGUAUGGAAAAUGGCUACAGACCCUCUAUGUUGUGUAUCGAAGAUCCACUGACAAAAGGCAAUGACAUAGGGAGAAGUUCGUAUGGUGCUAUGCAAGUGAAGCAGGCAUUUGAUUACGCCUUUUUGGUCAUGAAUUAUGCAUUAGCCCCACAAUUCAUGUUUGCAAAGAAACGAACACAUAGCAUAUUGGGACGAAUCAUUCGAGUGACCGAUGAAGUGGUGGAAUACAGACAGUGGAUCAGGAAAACAUUCCCUUGUGAGAUAGUGGAGAACAACCAAGUGGACCCCAAAAGCAGGAGCUACGCCAGUGUGGCCAACAGCAGCAAAGCAGGGGGCUCCAAGGCAGACGUUAUUGACAACUCUAAAAAAUGUAAUGAGGACGAGUCCAGACCAUCUAAUGCUGAGAGUGAGCAGUCAGAUGGAAGCUCAGUUUACAAGUCAAGCAGUAGUUCUGCUAAUAACAGCUCAACCUCAAGUCUCACCAGCGACACAGAUUCAGAGCCUGAUCCUCAACAACAGACACUCACAGAGACUAAAGUGACAAAGUCCACCCCGACUACUCCAGUGAAAUCAGAGAAGAAGACUGCUGUAGUGAGUCAGGAGUACACACGGAGUAGAGACAGAACACAUAGCAAUAGUAAACAAAGGACUGGCUCAGCCAAAAGUCGCGAUGCCAGCUGUAGCAGUGUGUCGUCCACGCACUCAGCUGGAUCCAACAGAACUACGAGUAGUGUGAAUGGUGGUCAGAAUCCGCGUGCUUAUAGUGGGUAUGAUAAUCGUGUGAACAGCAAUCGCAAUUCUGGUCACUAUGACAACGGACCAUCCCGGAAACCAUAUCAUGGAGGAAGUGCUCAAAACAAAAACAGCUACGAAAACCCACGAGUUUACACUAGGACUAUCAGCAGUAGCAAGAAGAAGAAGAACAACUCGGGAAAUGGAUACGGAUACAAGAAGGACAGCUAUUCAAGUGUUAGCAGUCGCAGGUAACCCCUAGGGGAGCCCCAAAGAGGCAGUAUUAGGUGGUGAUCCUUGGAAUGUGUAUCAGAAGAUCUGUGUGUGUUUGCAAGUGUGUGAGUGUACAUUUUAUAUAUAUAUAUGUGAAACUGUGUGUUUGUUUAUUUUGUGAUGCCUCAUUUAAAAAAAAACAAAUUAGAGAAAUGUGGCACUUAAUACAAAAAUGGAGCGAAAAAAAUUGAGUGUGUGUUUGAAAUCUAUGUCCAAGAGAACCUAAGAGGAAUCUGUAAUUUGUCUCAAGAUAACUCGUUGUGAAAUUAUGUGGAUGAAAUUAGGCAUGGUGAUAUGAUAUAUAAAAUACAUGCAUUAUCGGAAUGUAAUCAUUGGUUUUAGUUGUUGAUUAUGUCAUACCAAAUAUUUCAUUAUUUUUAAACCAAUCCAAACCAGUCAUGAAAUAUAUGAAAAUUCAAAGGACAUGGUGUUUUAGUCAUAUGGUGCAAACUUGGGUAAAAUAAAUAACAGAUAUCCUCAUGAUCCUCAUCACAGUCAAAGUAUGUGAUAUUUAAAUUUUGUGAUAUAUUUUUUUCCUCUUCCAUAUCCAUCAUAGCUGUAAUUAAUCAUCACCUUCCCAUUUAUAUUAAUUUUUUUAACAAACAUGACAAAAUGAUUCAUAAAACUCAUGUUCUCUUCUUAUUUAAAAAAAAAGCUAAACUAUUAGGAAAUCAAACUUGAGUAAAUGAUUGUGAACAUUGAUGUAAUCUUUCAAUUUCAUUUUGGGGGAACUUUUCUUUUUUGUUAUCAAUUAAACAAAAGGGAAGAUUCACAGAGGAAUCUCAAGAAAUAAAAAAAAAAGCACAAUACAAACAUAUGCAAAAAAAGUCUCGACUUGUUCACUUUUUAAUCAUGCCAUUUUUAUUUCAUACUUUUUUGUUGUUCUUUUUUAAAACUGUUUUUAUUCAUGUAUUAUAGCUUGUUUUAAAGCUGUACAUUUUAAACAAGUUGUGUUGUUGAGAAGGUCGUGUUGAACACUGACUUCUUUUUUUCAUAACAGUCUCGUUUUGUACACCGAUGAUGAUCGUGUGGCGAUUGUUUUCCUUGUGCCUUUUCAGAAUUUGAAAUACAAAUAAAAUCAAACAGGUGCUCUAAUUUUUUUUUUUUAAAGAUCAAUGUGCAGAAUAGAUCAAUUAAGCAACUAUUGUACCAGCAAUCAGAACUAGUGCUGCCCUGCUCUGGGUCUUAGUUUUUUUUUUGUUUUUUUUUGUUUAAGGUACUUCACUACACCUAGACUUAUACUUUUAAGACACUACGUCACAAGAUGGCGAUUUAAAUGUUUUGUUAAACCGUUUGUAUCAAUCAAUUCAGAUGUAUAUCGUCAUAGCUCAGUGGCUAAAGUAUGAGGCUUGUGAACCGCAGAUCAUGAGUUCGAAUCUGCCUGGGCCUUUUUUUAUGUUUACUGAAUGAAAUUUUUGAAAAUAUCAUUUUUUUCUCUAAAUUGCACAUUUUUUCGCCAAUUUGGCAUAUAUACUUCUUAUCCAUUAUGCUUUCAAUCAUAGUCAAGUAAUUUUCUGCUGAUUUGAGAGAAUAUUUCAAGGUGUAGUGAGGCACCUUAAAUAAUCCAUAGCUUUUCCACCAUUUUGGGGUCUUUUUCUCUCUAAAUAAGGUCUAGUUUUAACUAUAUGUCUGAAUUAUUUUUAAUUGUCAGCUCUGGUUCACUCUGAAUAUCAGAUCUUUAUUUCGCUGUAGCUCUCAAAUUUGUGGCAAGCUCCUUUAGAAUGACAGCUAUUGUAUGUGUAUGUGUAUAUAGAAGAACAUAUGUUGUAUUGAUAUUAUUAAUAUUGUGCAAUUAUCAUGAGUAACGGAUACAAGUAUAUUACUUGAGAGAGAUGUGACCAAUAUUAGGUAUUAUGAGAAAAAGAUGAUUAGUUUUGUGUUAAAGCAUUGUAUACUAUGUUUUAGAUUUAAUGCCUGUUAGAUCAUGCUUGGGUAUUAGAAAAAAAAAUUACAAAAUCAAAAAACUGUAUGGAAAAACUUUGAAGAAAAAAAACUGCAUUGGUUUUUUCAUUUGUUGGUUAUUUUAUCAUGAACCUGUAUUGGUUUUUAUGUACAUGUAUGUAUGUUGAACAAAUUGUAAUCAAGAAUGUUAGUCAGGAGCACAUGAGGCCAGUGUUUGUAUACUUUUUAUCAGAAUGCACAUCUAUUUAUGGGUAUGAAUAUAAGAAAUCUGAAAUGUUUAGAAAAUUAAAUGACCACAGCAUAAAUAUUUUUUGUUUGAAGAAUGAUGAUCCUUGAAAUCCAUUUCUUGACAAACAGCAUUUGAUAGAAUGGGAGGCCCUUUUGAUUUUAAUUUUUUUUUUUAUUCGGUCAUCUUUUGUUUCCUUUCUAAAUACAAAAAAGCAGUUGCUUGAAAUGAUCAUUCUCGUUUAGCUUCAGUGGCAUUAUCCCUCUGUAUGACAGAAAAUGGUCUCUGUUUUUACUUUGCAAAGAGGUUUGUAUGACAAUCUUUAGAAAAAUAGACAACAUUCUUUAGCAAUUGUAUGAUAUUGAUGUGGCAUUAAUAUUUUAAGAAAUUUUUUUUUCUUUUAAAGAAUUUGAUAUCUUUUUUGGAAAAAGAAGUCAACAGCUUGUGACCUUGCUCUUUCAGUUCUGUCAUACUUUUCAAUCUUUCUCUGAACUCCAACUGUCAAAUUUCAUCCAAAUCUUUUUUUUCUAAUCAUAACAUUUGCUCCUCUAGUCAUUUUUCACUAUGUAUAUGUGUUGCUAACCUAGAGACGUUGAAUCUAGGCUAAUAUGUUCACAUGGUGGCAGCAGUCAAUAUAAUGAAUAAUGAAUCAGUGUUUAAUGAUUGGGUUUUUUUCUUUUAUGGGUAUAAAAAUUUAUCACAUUUACUUGGCAUAUUUUCCAUGGGUGGGGGUGGGGGAGAAAUUUUGUUUUUUAGCAUUCUAUUUUUAAAAUUCCAAAAGAAAUGCCUUUGACUUCAUGUGAUUCUCAACUUGUGUGCAGGGAAGGUCUGUGCCAUUCUUCAGUUAUAAUUAUUGUUGAUAUGUUUUAUUUCACAAAGUUUAAGUUGUCAUCAUUUUGUAUUGAAAUAAAAAUCACCAAAAAAAAAGUUGAAAAAAAAAUAAAGGCAUUUAAAAAAUA